AUGGCGUCCUCCGACUCAGCAUUCUCACAAGGCAUUGGGCACUCGCGCGAACGCCAUCAUUCAGAUGAGGACCUCGCUGCGUCCACCAGUGCGCUGCUCCCGGCGCGAUCCGGACCUCCCGCCAAGGAUGGAUUUAGGGCGUCGCUUGGACUGUCUAUGGGCAGACGGACGUUGGGAAUAUUGUGCUUGAUGGUCACAGUGUUUUUCUGGACACUUUAUAACUUCAUGGCAAGCUAUAUCUUCUCCGACCAUUCCUACGAUAAGCCGUUCUUUGUCGUCUACUUCAACACCUCGAUAUUUGCGCUAUCCCUGGUACCAAGGUUCUUCAAAUAUUUAAGAGUGAGGGGUAUGCGAGGCUUAAGGCAUGAUGCGGUGGUGGUCUGGAACGAGUGCAGAUACGGCGUCGUUAAGAAGACAGUCAGGGAAGACUCAGACGACCUCGCUGGUGAGCGCCUGCUUUCCGAGGAGCUUCUUCAUGUCGAGUCAAAUGCAAAGGGUGAGGAGAAAUUGGACUUCCGAGAGACAGCCAUUAUAAGCCUCGAGUUCAGCAUGCUGUGGUUCCUGGCCAACUAUACUGCCUCGGCGUGUCUCGAAUACACGAGCGUGGCUAGUGUCACGAUCUUGACUUCGACUAGCAGCAUCUGGACACUGGUCCUUUGCGCCAUGUUUGGCAUCGAACGGUUCACCACGCGCAAGUUUCUUGGAGUGGGAGCCUCACUGGUGGGUGUUAUGCUUAUCUCAACUGUCGACAUGUCUGGGCAGAGCGAUGAGGAUCGAGGGUCGUUUCCGCAUAAGACAACCGCACAGAUUGCCAUUGGUGAUGCCAUGGCUCUCUUCAGCGCCGUAGUCUAUGGCGCUUAUGUGACGGUGAUGAAGAAGCGUGUUGGGGACGAGGACAGGGUGGACAUGCAGCUGUUUUUCGGACUGGUUGGCGUGUUUAACUUGGCGCUUCUGUGGCCUAUUUUCUUUGUUCUGCAUUGGACGGGGCUGGAGCCGUUUGAACUGCCCCCGACGGGCAAGAUUUGGACCAUCAUCAUUGUGAACGCCGUUGGAUCGUUUAUCAGCGACGUCUCAUGGGCGUAUGCGCUACUCCUGACCACCCCGUUGGUGGUGACAGUCGGCUUGUCUUUGACGAUUCCCCUUUCGCUGAUUGGGGAAAUCAUUCAAUACCACAAGUACUCGGGCGCCAUGUACUGGAUCGGGGCCGCAGUGGUCUUUCUAUCGUUUGUCUUUGUCAACCGAGAGAGCCACGAAGUCGGCGACCAGAGCAGCGACGAUGACGAGGAGCCGGUUCGGGGAUCUAUUGCCUAG